AUGUCAACAUCGCAGCAGGAGCUCUUACUAGUGAUGCAGCAGCGGCAGCGUGCUUUAGCGUCUCUCCUCUCGUCCGGACUUCCCGGCACGACGACCGCUAAUAACAACAACGCCUUUGCGCCCCUUUUCACCACGGGCUGGCCCUCCCCGGGACUUCAGCUCCCCUUCGGCGCCGCAAACGCCGCUACUAUGAUGAACAUCGCCGCUAAUCAGGUCGCUAUGAUGCCGAACGGCAUCGCAGCAGCACAGAGCGGGCCGACUUCUCUUCCACAGCUUCAGCUCCUUCGCGCGCUGGCCGCGACGCAGAUCGCCAACGCCGCCGUCAGCGCGGGCCCGCAGACUUCGCUUUCGAGCCGCGGAUCGAAGCGUAGCGCCAAGGACGAUAGCAAGGCGCUGCGCCCGCGCAAGCGUGGACGGCCUUCGUACAAGGACCGGGCCGCCGCGGCUCUUGCGGCGGAGGAAGCGGCGAAGGCGGCGAAAGCCACUGCGCUGGCGGAACGCGAUAUUCUCCUCCGCCAGAUCGCCGCGCAAAUGGCGCCGCAACUGUCGCCGCAAGGAGCGUUGAUGCUUCUGCAGCAACAGAUGGCGUUGCAACAACUGGGGAUGCUGGGAGCCAACCAGAUCGGCGGAUUUCCUGCCGCAAUGUGCGCUGCACCGCCUGCGCUCGCGCAUAUGAACGCCGGAACCAACGGCAUGACCGCCGCCGCGGCCAUGGAUGCGGCUCGACAAAUGCCGACGGGCGCCGACAAGAUCGCGGAUCGUGUGGCUUCCGGAGCCGCUAGCCGUCAGUUCUGCACGUCGGACGUUGAUUUCGCGGGGCUGGACGGUUCCGCGUGGGACCAAUCGCGGAUGUUCGCUGUGACGGCGAACGAGACCCAACGGCAGCGCACGGAGGAUGUCGAUACACAUCCACACACGGAUGGCCAUUCUGGUGACGAAAGCGAGAGCGACUUCAACGGAGAUGCUUCGAGCUGGCCCCGGCGCGGUGGGAAGCGGACAAAGAGGACCGUGAAUUUGACGCACGAAUCUUCGCCGAAGCCUCUAGUCCGUGCGGGGGGUUCUUCAGUCACAGAAGACGGUACCGAAGCGGCCGUCGCGGCCGCUGCGCAAGCUGCGACCAAUCACGCUGCGCCAAGUGGCAUCUUCAUGGCGCCGCCGCCGUCCGCUGGCCCUGGAGGGAUGCCGGCCCUGGAUUGGAUGUUCUCUAAGGAGACGCGCUUCGUGCAGCCCUUGCCUAAGGACGACCUGGAGGAGCAUGCAGAUGAGCACGUGCCUGCCGCCCCUGCUGUACCUGCUCGUCUAGCUAUUCCAUCCGUACCUGCAGGUUCGGAAGGGCGUACAGUGCCUUCUUCAGGUCCGGACUCCCCAGCAGGGGUGCAACAGCAGCAGCAGCCCCCUGCUGUUGUGGUGGCAGCGGCAAUGCAGCUCCUAGCCCAGGCUAUGCCAAGAGUGGGAUCUAGGCAAGUGUUGCCUGGUGCUGGUGCUGCACAAGGCAUGGGCCCUGUUGCUGGUUUGAUGGGCCUGACUCGGUCCAGGAGCAACAUUGAAGCUGUGCUUGCUUAUGUGGAUGCUGAGAUCCAGGCAAGGAAGUCUAGGAUGGGUGAGGCUAAGGAAGGUGCUUCCGUGCCUGCUCAUUUGGUUCCCACCUCUGAAGUUAGGGAGGAGCUCAAAGCUCAAGAUCAGCAGCUAGACCUGUCACUUCAUUUAGAGGCCAAGCAGACACUAUGUGCUGCCGGGGGAGGAGAGGCACAGAGAGAGGAGGUAACGGGAGGAGCAGCAGAGGUGGGAGAGGAGGUCGGAAGGCGAGAAGAUAGAAGCAGCGAUGUUAGUGAGGAGAAGACGAGGGAGGGUGGAAGAUUCGCAGGGGAGGAGGAGGGGAGAGAUGGGAGCGAGGAGGAGGGGAGAGAUGGGAGCGAGGAGGCGGGAAGGCAAGCAGAUAGAAGAGUUGUUAAUACAGUGAAUACCGUGAGGGAGGGAGGGAGGGUGGGAAGUGAUGUGCGUGAGGGCGACUGGAGAGAGGAAGCUCAGAUGCUUGAAGAGAGGCAUGCAGGGGCGGGAGGGAGAGAGGAGAUUGGGAUAAGGGAACAGGUCAUGGGAGUGGGCGGCGUUGGGUUGAAGAGACUGAGGGAGGUUGCGACGAGGGAUGCGUUGUUUCUGGACGCGGCGAGAGGGAAACGCGGAAUGAGAGUUAAGAGGAGGGCAAGGAGGUUUGUGCUGGAUUCAGAAGAGCAGGAAGACCAGGGGCAGGGGGAGGAGGUGGAGGAAGAGGAAGAAGAGGAGGAUGAAGAGGUGGAAGAGGAGGAGAAGGAGCGGGAGGCGGGAAUGGAGGAGGUGGUGGUGAGUCUGACAGGGUACGAAAGACUCGCGCGGUCGUCUGUGAAGCUCAUGAUUCAAGCCACAGGGGCACGGCUCACACGAGAAUUCUCCUCACAUCUAAACACACACCUGGUGUGCAAUCGGUUUGAAGGGCCCAAGUACGACCUGGCCGUCCGCAGCAACGCAGCUCUCCAUGCCAUCCGCUGCCAUGCUGACGGCAACCAGUGCGACUGUGGUUCUAACGAGGGCGUGGCAUGGAGGCACAGGGGGGACAGUGAGGGCGCGGUGUGGGUGGUUAACCACCGGUGGCUGGAGGACUGCUUGCUCUACUCCCAGCGCGUCCCUGAAGUUCCUUACACCCUCCUCCCGUACGUGCUGCAUGUUUGGGGCAACGCAGUGGGCCCUCCAUGUCUCUUUUCCGAGCCGCCACCACGUGCUCCCUCGUCCAGCGCGGUCCCAAGGCCCCCACCCCCGCCUCCUCUUUCCCCAGAGGAACCGUCUGCUCUUCCCUUGAUGGCACCGCCGGCUCUUCCCUCAGUGGGCGACUGCAAGGCAGGCGCAGCAGGGGAAGGGCUGCGGACUGAGGCAGCGAUAAGGCAAGAGGUGGUGGUGCUACAGGCACCGACCCGCUGUUUUACCCCAGAGAAACCGCUUUCGAUGCUACAGGCAGAACCGGGGGUUCUCGCGUCAAGAGAGAAUGUUUUGGAAGAUGUUGGGAGCGGGUGGGGUGGUGGUGCGGGAAGCAGCGGGCUGAGGGGAAACAGUGGGUCGAUGGCAGGCGCUGCACACGACAGAGGCAAGAAUUUGGUUGGGCGAGGUGAGGGGGCUGGUAUGGCGAGACGUUUCACUAAGAGCAGCCCCUUUAAGAGGAGGAGGCUGCAAGGUAAGGAGAAUGUCCCAGAGGGGCAUGGAGUGGGCAAGGGUGGUGUGGUGACGCGGAUUGAAGCAGCAGCUUUAGCCGAUGAGGUUGCUGCUCCUGAUGGUUCUCAGGUUGCUCCUGUUUGCUCUCAGGUUGCGCUGGAUAGUUCUCAGGUGAAAACAGCAGAGGAGAGAAAGGGGAGACCGGAGGAGAGGAGAGAAGGGAUGGACGCGCAAGGGAGGAAGGAGACGAGAGAAACGGGUUCUGGAGGGAGGGAACAAGAGGGGAGGGAGAGAAGUGCAGCAGAUGUUGGACGUGUGGAGGAGGACGAAGAGGACUUCACAGAUAGAAUCUUUCUGUCUCCUGACAUCGGGGGAGGUUCUCGCUACAGAACACUUGACUGCAGGCACAGCCAGCACGUUCACCAACUUCUACCUGAAAAUUCGCCUGAGGUAGAUCCUGAACCGUCUCCUGUACCCGCUGAACCUGCACGUCUGAAGGUGUCUCAGCCUGGUGAAUUCUCCGUACCAGAUGAGCGUCAUGGCGAAUGCUCAGCACCAGACGAGGGCGACUGUGAGCUGGAAACUGGGGGGUCUGGAGGAGGGCAAAGGGACCUGCCGUCUGUUGCUGGUGCUGAGAAUUGGGGAGGAGAAGCUUAUAUGGAGGAGGAUGAGGGAGAUGACAGCUCAUUUCAGCAAGCGAGAAGUCUCCUUGCGUCUCUUUGGAGACCAAGAGAAGAGGGGGCAGGUGGGGGGAUGCUGGUGGAUGGGCCGAGAGAGCAGCAGGAGGUGGCUUGUGAGUUGGCUGAAAAGGGAUGGAGAAGGGAGGGAGCAGGUGGGGAGUUGCUGGGCGGUAGGCAGAGAGGCGACGGGAGACGAAGGGAUGUGAUGCAAUUGGAAGAGAAUGUGGUGCAAUGCGGUGUGAGGGGAGAGGGUGUGAUUGAAGAGGGUGUGAGGGAAGAGGAUGAAUAUGUGAUACAAGGGGAUGCAAGACCGGGGCACGUGGGGCAGGAUAAGGUGGAGGGUGCGAGGAGAGAGGAGGUGGCACAAGCGGGCGUGGGGAGAGGGCCAGGAAGGAGAGGCAGGAUUGGAGUGCUGCCCCAGCAGGAGAGGUCAGGCAGUGGUGAUGUGAUUGUUCUUUCAGACAGCGACAGUGACAGGGAUAGUGACAGUGAGAAAGACAGUGAUGGUUGUCGCUUGCAGAUGGGGAAACGUAGGAAACCGGGAGGUGCGAGGAGUGGUGGGCGAAGUGUAAGAGGCUUGUGGGCGGAUGAAGAAGAAUGCGGGGAACGGGAGGUGGGGGCAGGGGAGAAAGAAGAAGAGGAGGAAGAAGAGAAGGAGGAAGAGGAAGAGGAGGAGGAGGAAGAGGAGGAAGAGGAGGAGGAUGAGAUUGAGUUCACACAGUGUCUGCCUGAGAAUGCCUUGGGAAGGGAUGGCAUGGCAGCAAGCGGAUCAGGGAGAGGAUUCACCAGAGGAGCUGGUGGGGUGAGAGACAGUCACAUGUGUGGAAGCCAAGGGGGACACGUGAGAAUGCGUGAGGGAGGAGUGGGGCGAAGCACGUGGCACGCCCGACCGAGUGUUGAGCAGGCGGAUCUUGGAGGGAGAGAGGAGGGAAGGGAGUGUGAGGGGCGGAUGGGGCAGGAGAGAGGGGGUGAAAAGGAGGGAAUGGGUCGAGGGGGAGACGAGGGGGAGAGUGCAGGAGAACUGGAAGGGGAGAAGGGAGGGGAGCAGAGAUUGAAGAGACUGCGCAAAGCGACGUGGAGGAGAGACCUGUUGCAAAGCAGAGCGGCUGGUGCUGUUGCUGGGGGCGGUGGGGAUGGUGGUAAGGGCAGAACAUCUGGUGGAGGAUAUGGUAGUGGUUAUGGUACAUGGAAUGCGGUUGGUGGCGGUGCUGAAUUAGAGGAUGAGGAAAAGGAUGCAGAAGGCUGUGCUGUAGGAGGGGUGCAUUCAGGGGACGUGCGUCAAGAGCCCGUUUCGUAUAGUCACGAAGCGACAGCUGGCAUGUUGGCCGAUGACGUGGCGCCACCUGGCAGUCCGGCACGUGGCGAAGGGACGAAUGGCGGGCUGGCACGUGGCAAGGGCGUGUGGACGUUGGAGGCAUUUCUGGGAAGGAAGGUGGAGCCUAGGAGACCGUUGAGAAUAGCAGAGGUGGGAGUCGGAGAGCAACAGAGCAGCCGUUCUCCUACAAGCAAGCAGAACCAGCAGCAGCUGCUUCGACCCAGCCAACAGAGCAAUCACCCUCCCGACCACCACAGCAAUGCUCCAAGAAGCCACCUGUCCCCUGGGAGGAUAGCCGUAAGGGCCUCUUGCUCUGGCGACCCUUUUCGGCUUGCCACUGCAUCACAUGCUGGCCGUCCCUCUGCUCAUCUUCCCACCGUCAUACCUGCUGCUCCUUCCUCUGUCCUUGCUGCUGCACCCACUGCUGCACCCACUGCUGCACCCACUGCUGCCGCCCCUCUUCCCAUCCGUACCGCCCACGCCCCUGCUCCCUCCCGCCCGCUCUCUCCCCACCACCACACUCUCCCACGCAUGCCUGCUGCCCACACACCCCCAAACGCAACCCGUCCACCCAGGGAUACCUGCCUGCCAGGUGCAGCUCACACACCCCCCAGGGCAGCACUUAAUGCGAACCAGAAAGCACCUGCACGCACACCCCCCAGGGAAAUUCUAGACGGGAGCCUAAAAGCAGCUUUUCGCACUCCCACCAAGGCGGUGUUUGAUGGGAAUCAGAAAGCCGCCGUUCGCACGCCGCCCAGAGCAGCGUUUGCGAGUCCCAGUGGGGGGUGUGCGUGCGCUAUCUGCCAGGAGGACACUCCAGCCUCACAGAUUGGGGUGCUGCCCUGCAUGCACGCCUUCUGCUACACCUGCAUUCACAAGUGGGCUGAGAGUGCGGCCACAGCAAUUCCGUGCUGUCCUCUUUGUAAGGAGCCGUUCGAAUUCAUUAGAGUGCGCAACAAGAGGGCCAGCAGGGAAGCAGCUGCAGCUGCCAAGCGCACCAGUCUCCCUACUGCCCCUUCUUCUGCCCCUUCCGCUGAUGCUGCUGGUGUUGAUGGUGGUGCUGUUGCUGCUGCUGGUGGCCCUGUGGGUGAAGAUGGUGAUAUGGAGGGGGAUGGGGAGGAGGAGCGCAUUGUGAUGGUGCCAACCCGCAAGAGAAGGGCUUCCACUGAUGAGUCGCCACUCGAUUCAGGCGCCAUGGACGAUUUGCUGCUGCUGUGUUACGGAUGCAACCACCUGCCUCAACUCACCAUGCCAAAUUUCCGCUCUUUCCCUGUCGCCCCUGCUCUUUCCCCUUUGCUUCACCAGACCAUGGUGUGCUGUGUGUGCCAGUCGGGCGCCAUGGAGGAUCUGCUGCUGCUGCGUGACGGAUGCAACCUCUGCCUUCACUCACUGCUCCCUGCCAACACUUCCGCACUUCCCCUGUCGCCCCUGCUCUUUCCACCCUCUUCCCCCCCCUUCCAGACCAUGGUGUGCUGUGUGUGCCAGUCAGGCGCCAUGGAGGAUUUGCUGCUGCUCUGUGACGGAUGCAACCACCUGGGAGCACACCACACCUUCUGCCUCGACCCGCCGCUCCCUGCCGUGCCCUCCAGCCAGGAGCCCUGGUUCUGCCCUGCUUGCUCCGAGAGGAGGUGGGUGCUGCGCGCAUAG